GUGGCGGGACGUACGUGUCAUGGCGCGCUCCAGCUGAAGGGCUUCCUGCAUCCGGAGGACGGCGUGUGGAUCGUCUCCUCGGGCUGGUGUGCGGUUUCCCCAUCUCUCGGCGAGCGUGGCGGAGAAGAUGCCUUCUGCAUCCUGUGACACACUAUUGGACGACAUAGAAGAUAUUGUGUCACAGGGAGAUUUAAAGCCACAAGAUAGGCAUUCCGCACGAAAGCACGUUGUUCCAAAGGCACGAAAACGAAAUACCCAAAAGUAUUUGCAAGAGGAAAACAGUCCACCAAGCGAUAGCACCAUUCCAGGCAUACAGAAAAUUUGGAUGCGAACAUGGGGUUGUUCUCAUAAUAAUUCAGAUGGAGAAUAUAUGGCUGGACAACUAGCUGCUUAUGGAUAUGAAAUUACAGAAAAUGCAUCAGAGGCAGAUUUAUGGCUCCUGAAUAGUUGUACUGUAAAAAAUCCAGCUGAAGACCACUUUAGAAACUCAAUUAAAAAAGCUCAAGAGGAGAACAAGAAAAUAGUGCUAGCUGGAUGUGUUCCUCAAGCCCAGCCUCGUCAGGACUACUUUAAGGGACUGAGUAUCAUAGGGGUUCAACAGAUAGAUCGAGUGGUAGAAGUUGUGGAGGAAACAAUUAAAGGUCAUUCCGUGAGGCUGCUGGGUCAGAAAAAGGCUAAUGGGAAGCGGCUGGGUGGAGCACGGUUGGAUCUGCCAAAGAUUAGGAAAAAUCCACUGAUAGAAAUCAUUUCCGUCAAUACUGGGUGUCUCAAUGCAUGUACCUACUGCAAAACUAAACAUGCCAGAGGAAAUUUGGCCAGUUACCCAAUUGAUGAACUAGUAGAAAGAGCCAAACAGUCUUUUCAAGAGGGUGUUUGUGAGAUAUGGUUGACCAGUGAAGACACAGGGGCUUAUGGCAGAGACAUUGGCACCAAUCUCCCUGCACUGCUGUGGAAACUGGUUGAAGUGAUUCCUGAGGGAGCAAUGCUAAGGCUUGGCAUGACAAAUCCACCCUAUAUUUUAGAGCAUCUGGAGGAAAUGGCAAAAAUCCUUAAUCAUCCCAGAGUCUACGCUUUUCUGCACAUACCAGUCCAAUCUGCCUCUGACACCGUACUCAUGGAAAUGAAAAGAGAAUACUGCGUGGCUGACUUCAAAAGAGUAGUGGAUUUUCUGAAAGAGAAAGUUCCCGGAAUAACCCUUGCUACAGAUAUUAUCUGUGGUUUUCCUGGAGAAACAGAUCAAGAUUUUCAAGAAACAGUGAAACUUGUGGAAGACUACAAAUUUCCAAGCCUCUUUAUUAACCAGUUUUAUCCCAGACCAGGAACUCCUGCAGCAAAAAUGGUACAAGUUCCAGCACAAGUGAAAAAGCAAAGAACGAAAGAUCUUUCUCGGGUAUUCCAUUCUUAUAAUCCGUAUGAUCACAAGAUUGGCGAAAGGCAACAAGUGUUAGUGACAGAAGAAUCUUUCGAUUCCAAGUUUUAUGUGGCACACAAUCGAUUCUAUGAGCAGGUUUUAGUGCCAAAGAACCCCACAUUCAUGGGGAAAAUGAUCGAAGUGGACAUUUACGAAUCGGGCAAACAUUUUAUGAAAGGGCAGCCAGUAUCAGACGCCAAAGUAUACACGCCAUCCAUCAGCAAACCAUUAGCAAAGGGAGAAGUCUCAGGUUUAACAGAGGGCUUCAGAAACAGGCCGAGGAGUCACCUGAGCUCGGCUCGCCACCCUUCUGCUGCGGUGCGGCGGGACUCUGCUAGCUCCAGACUGGUGCUCCACUUGCAGAAACUCCAUCAAGACUGUGCACUGAGGGUGUCUGUGGGCCUGGCUCUAUUUGCUCUUCUUCUGGCUUUUUUGGUCAAAGUCUAUAAUUAAAACACAACUAAAUGAAGCAUUUGUGAAGAAGAAUAAAUUUCUAAGUAAAACCUGCAACAAACGGAAAAACAACCACGUCGGUUCUCCAAGAGCAGUAAUCUAUCCUGGUCUCACUGCCUCCGCUUCAGCCCUACUUUUUAAUGGGCUUCCUCUGUCUCGCAUUGAGUUGGGCCAUCGGUUAUUUGACCUAAAACCUACUAACUGUUGCCAUAGCAUAUCUUCUAAAUUAAGCUCCUUUUGGUUUAUUUGCAGCAAGAAAUGCAAAUGGUUGCAUUUUUCUUUCACCCUCCAGUCUUCAAGUCAGAACUUCAUUGUACCCCGGAUCCAGUCAUCUUUUCCUGAUGUGGGAAGAAUUUUGAGACUUCAAUAAACAUUAACAAAAAAAAUGUACCUUUUUCCUUAUGCUUUGUUUGGAGUCCCAGUGCUACCAACAUCUUAUUUCUCACAGCAGAUGCUUUCCUGGAAAGUUUAUAUAGAAACCUGUGUUUAAAACAAGAAUUAUCUUGGAAUGCACAGCGAGAGUCACCAGGUAAAGGACUCUCGGUGACAUUUUCUAGAAGCAUGAGGAAUCACCCACUUCUUUGGCACCCACAAACUUUCAAAAACUGGGUUUGUCUAAAACCAGCUGUGCCCCUUUUCUGACAGUUUUGAUCAAUGACACCAAUGUUUGUUUGUACCUGACGCCCUUGGCCUUUACUAAAUAGAGUGACUUAUUUCACAACAGAAGGAAUCGAUGUACUAAGCCACCUUAGGAACAUCAGAAUUUAAAUGUUAUUUGGAUCAUCUAGGCACAGGGAAUUUGGGUGCCUUCUGGUUACCACAGGACAUUUCAUCGUUUAACCCACACUCCUGUUGAGCUCUUUUAUGUGUCUUUCAGGAAUCCAAAUUAAAAUUAAUUUG